UCCAAACUCCAGUGUGGCCGAUAAAGCUCAGUCCAAUGCCCGAGUCUUCUUUCCCCUUUGUGUCUGCCGAACCCUGAGAGCACACGACGCUUCUUGCUCCUGCUCUGCUCAAUGGCCACCGAGAACAAGCCGAAGUCUGCUGCCACCGCCAACACAAACAAGAGUAAGAAGAGGAAACAACGCUAUCUCCCCCAAAAUAAGCCAGUGAAGAAGAAGGGCCCCUACCCUUUACGCCCAGGAGUUCAGGGCUUCUUUAUCACUUGUGAUGGUGGCAAAGAGCGCCAAGCCUCUCAUGAGGCUAUUAACGUUAUUGAUUCUUUUUAUGAAGAGCUGAUCCAUGGUAAGGAUACAGAUGUAAAGCCAGCAGAGUUGCCUAAUAAACCUUUAAAUAAAAAGAUAAAGUUUGUAUAUUCUGAUGACGAUGAAGAAGGAGAAGAAGAUGAUAAUGAGGUGGAGGGGGAAGAGGAUGAAGAGGAGGAUGGGGAGGAAGAGAAUAAACCAGAUACAAACCAAAACAAUGAUGUUAAAAGUGAAAGUCCAACAAAUGAGAAGUUAGAUAUUAAUGUGGAGAAUUUGUGCUGUGGAAAGCAAACGGAAGAAAACACUAAUGAUAAUGAAGAGAGUGCUAAAGAUCUGGAAAAUCAAACAAAUGAAGCCAAGGAGCCUCCAGUGAAGAAGCAAUGCAUAGAAACAUGUGUCUCAAAAUCUGUUGUCCAUGAAAAGGUGGAGCAGAAAUCCAUUGAUAAGCUUAUUGAAGAUGAACUCAAAGAAAUUGGAGAUAGGAGUAAGAGGCGCUUUGCAAAUCUUGAUUCAGGUUGUAAUGGUGUUGCUUUUGUUCAAAUGCGCAAGAGAGAUGGAGACCCUUCUCCUAGAGAUAUUGUACAGCACAUGAUGACUUCUGCUGCAUCAACUAGGAAACACAUGUCAAGGUUUAUCUUAAGAGUGUUGCCAAUUGAAGUUUCGUGCUAUGCUUCAGAAGAGGAAAUUUCAAAAGCAAUGACUCCAGUUGUGGCAAAAUAUUUUCCUGUGGAUACUCGAGAGCCGCAGAAGUUUGCUGUGCUUUAUGAAGCUCGUGCAAACACUGGCAUUGACAGGAUGAAAAUUAUAAAUUCAGUUGCAAAAUCUGUUCCUGGGCCACAUAAAGUCGACCUUAGCAAUCCUGACAAGACAAUCGUAGUUGAAAUUGUUAGGACUGUGUGCUUGAUUGGCGUGGUUGAAAAGUACAAGGAGUUGGCCAAGUACAACCUGAGGCAACUUACAUCACCAAAACAGUAGUAGAGAAUUGCAUAUUGUAGCUCUGAUACGUAGAUCUUGUGUUUCAGGCUGCUAUUGUAAAUUUUUACAUUGACGGCUUCCCAAAUCUGUUCCUUUAUGUAUUUUUAUUUUUAAAUAUCAGUUUAAGCUUGCUCCACGAUAA